UGUUUUGUCCAGCCAAGCAUACCAUGUUUUCCCGAAAAUAAGACCUUGUCUUAUAUUUUUUUGAACCCCAAAAUAAGCACUUGGCCUUAUUUUCAGGAAUGUCUUAUUAUUUUGGGGCACAUGGAGCAAGAUGGGGCUCCUCCUGCCUUCCUACCUGAUUUCCAGCUCUGUGUUUAAAUAUUUUCGGGGAGGGCUUAUUUUCAGGGAAACAGGGUAGUUCCAGAUAUUACAAUGAAAACCCACAAUACUCCCUUUAACAUCUGUGUAACAGAACUGUAUAACAUUCCCAUUAAUAUUCAGAAUCUAAUAAUUAAGGGUAAUCACCUGUAAGAUAGAUGUAAAAAUUACAAGGCCAUCUUAGUGAGUUAACUCCAUUGGGUUACAUCAUUGCUUCCCAAACCUGGGUAAAUUACCCAAAAUUAAGUAAAGGUGGUUUUUCUUUAAGUAACAAUAUACAAAUUCAAUCACAACAGUACAUUUAAAUAAGAACUUUCUGAUAAGCAGUAAAAAGGAUUUUAUGAAAAUAAGUGGGUUUUGGGUAAUGAAAGAAAAGGUUUGGGAAGCAUGGGAUUAUAUGAAUUCUUACGAGACCUACUAAAAGCAUCUGACUUUGUGUUUUGAAAGAGCUGGUUCAGAAAUUCAGUAAAUCAAUUGAUAUGAAAGCAUUAUAGUCUGUGAAUACAUACACAACACACACACACACACACACACACACACACACAGAGUUAUAUAUGAAAAAGAUGAAAUAUGAAGCAAUAUAUUCAAGGCUAAGGAACAUAUGUGUACAAGAUAGAACAGUGUAUUCUCACAGAUUAUUUUCAUUUUAUUUUCAUUCACAUAUAUCAGGGCUUUCAAACUCCCAGCCCAUGGGCUGGAUGUGUCACAUGCUGGCCAUGCCCAUGCCCAGUUUAGCGAAGGGGGAAAAAGUCCUGAUACGUCACAUGAUGCCGCUGUGAUGACGUGAGAUUGACACCCCUGACAUAUAUGUAUUGGAAACUUUAUCUUUAGAACUAGAAGCAUGAAGCAUAUAGUCUGACAAUAUAAUUUCAGAUAAUAACUUAAUAAUAGCUUAUACAGUUAAUUCACAUUCAGGUUAAUUGCUAUAUAACAAAGAAGCAGAAAUUGGGAAAAGAAUCUGAAACAAACAACAUUGAUAAUUUCUUGAGGAAGCAAACAGUAUGCAGAAAUACUAACCUAAUAACUAUGCAGAAAUACUAAUAACCAUAAACACCUGCAGUUGACCUGUCUAUAAGUAGAUCUAAAUUGGCUUGGUAGACAUGGAUAUAGAGUGCCAGUAUGGGGUGGGGAUUAAGGCAUCAGUCUAUAAAGGAGGCUAUGAGUUAUAGUCCCACUUUAGGCAUGAAGACAAGUUGAAUUACUUGCCCAAUUACACUCUCAUCACUAGAAAAGAAGCAAGGUGAACCACUUGUGAAAAACCUUGCCAAGACUGCAGGCACUAAUCCAGGCAGUUUCCAGGAGUCAAAACUACCUCAAAGUCACAAAAAGGGGAAAAAAAGAUAUAGAUGUAUCUGUAAGGUCUCUGCCUUGUGUCUUCUCUUAUCUGCUUGUCUAGUAAGUGUUUGAAAUCCUGUAAAGAACUCUGUAUUUGCUCUGCUCAGAGCUCCUAUGAUGGGCAGGCCUACCUCUUCUGAGUUACUGGAUCGUCAGAGCUCCCAAAAGUUAGCUGAAUGUGCUUAGAGAAUCCUUUGCAAUGCAAAAAUCUGUAGAAAGGAGCUUAAACAUAUACCCACAUUUCCCGGUUCAAUUUACUUAUACCCUUGAGCAGCCACUGUCUGCACAGAUCUUUAGGGCUUUUAGUAAAAGAUAACAAAAGAGGAAAGCUGCCACAAGGGUAGAUACAAUAUGCUUAUUAUUAUAUACUUAGUACAUGAAGAAAGUCAUUAACCAUUUCUUUCUUUAGACUUAUCAUUACUAUGUGAUGCUAUAGGUAUACCUCAGUAGAAGACAUGAUUAUGUAUAACAUGCUACUUAGCUUGUUGUAUUUAUUUCAUCCUUAUUGUAUUCAAUACAACCCAGUGGAUUGUUUCUUGCACUGUGUCUAUUGCGCAAUGAGUUUUAGAAUUCAGUUUGAAUGGGCCUGCUUUCAAAUUGAAUGGCCUUUUCCAAUUUUAUAAUUCAACAAAUAAAGUAAUAAGAACUGUGAAAGACAACAUAAUUAUUUUCACAAACUCUUGUUUUUUCAUAAUCAUGUCUGACAUAAUCAAAAGUGGAUUAUUUAUUAUUAAGCUAUUUUCAAAGUUAUGGUUAUGGCCAUUUUCAUCUUUUUCUGUACCUUAUAAUCCACUAGUCUCCCAUUUUACAUUGUUCUAUUUUUGAUCUCAAUUUUCUAUGACACUAGUAACCCAUCACAGGACUUUUCUCUCAUUGGCUAUUUAGUGUUAAAUCUUUAGCGCCUUAAACAUCAGAAGCUGCUUUGAAGAAGCUGUCACUAUUUUAAAACUCUCAAAGAGCUUCACCUUCCCUCAUUAAAGAAGUUUAUUUUUAACAGCUUCUGCCCUCUUUUCUAUUUCAUUAGUUUUCCUCUGAGCUAUCCCUUCUAUAUGAACAUUUAAUUAAUAAGGAGGGGAAAAAAACUUUUAGAAUAUCUCACUGUUCCUGAAAGACGUGCAUCCCUGUUUAGCUUUAAAUAUGGGGAAUAUGGAUGGUAAAUCUGUUGAAGAAUUGAGUGCCACAGAGUGCCACCAGUGGUACAAGAAAUUUAUGACAGAGUGUCCCUCUGGACAAUUGACUCUACAUGAGUUUAAACAGUUUUUUGGAUUGAAAAAUCUGAGUCCACAAUCAAAUGAAUACAUUGAACAAAUGUUUGAGACAUUUGAUUUUAAUAAGGAUGGAUACAUUGAUUUUAUGGAGUAUGUGGCAGCUCUAAGCUUGGUUCUGAAAGGGAAAGUGGAACAGAAAUUGAAGUGGUACUUCAAGCUUUAUGAUGUCGAUGGGAAUGGCUGUAUUGAUAGAGAUGAGUUGUUAAACAUCAUUAAGGCAAUUCGCACCAUUAAUCCAUGUCAAGAAAUCAUGUCAGCUGAAGAAUUCACAGAUAUGGUGUUCAAUAAAAUUGAUAUAAAUGGAGAUGGUGAUUUGUCUCUUGAAGAAUUCAUAGAUGGAGUACAGAAAGAUGAGGUUCUACUUGACAUUCUCACCCGUAGUUUAGACCUGAAACAUAUCUUUAAAAUGAUCCAGAAUGAUGGAAAGAGCCCUGAAACAUCUGCAGGAUCCACAAAAAAUGAAUAGGCAAAUUAUUGUUUUUUAAAGAAAAAAUAUAAUAUUAUGAGAACAAAAACCUCAACACUAAAAAUUGUAACAACUUAGAAUAUUUAUUUUGUAUGUAUAAUAGACAGAGACACUUGUCUAUUAUGAACACACUGAAUAAUUGUUAUCACCAAUUGAUGAAGAUAUCAGAUUGGCCUAGAAAAUUAAGGCAAUUAUCAAUGCUUCUGGGUCAGAGGAACACAUAAAAAUGGAAGAAGAUCCUUAGUUUAUUUGGUCUUUAAAGUAUCAGUGAGGAAGGUAAGUGUAAGUAUAUUCUGAGAUGGAUCCACAAGAUGCCUUAUGCCAUUUUGACUGCUUCUUGUGGUUUCUUCUUAUGGUGAGGACACAAGUCAGUUAGAAGAGAAUUAAAUUAAGGAAAGUUGAAAAAUACAGCUUUGGGUAGAAUGUCUAUCUUUUGAUAAUCCUAAACAGUAGUGGAACUAAAUGGCAUCCAAGAUUACCUUUCACUUCCUGAAUAUCUAAAAAUGGUUCUUUAAAAUCAGCGCUGCAAAUUCCAUUUACUCAAAUUUGAUCUCGAGUCUGUAGGUCUAUUACAACUCCUUUGAUAUAAGUCCUUUUGCAUAUUCAGAAGUUCUUUUUAAUACAUGAAUGAGAUUGCCCAAAGAACAAUAUAUAGGCUUUAUAUAGAUUUAGCACAUGCCGUUUAAAGAUGAAGUGCUAUUUUUUACUGUAGAAAAUGUUGCUGAUAUAAGAAUAUGCUACUUUUUUGGGGGAAAAUAAUUCAUCCUUUGGUUUGAGUUCUUCAUAUGUGCAUACUAUAUUUUGUUUCCCUAAAACAAUUCUGUAUUCUUUUUUUUUUUAAAAAAAAUAUGAGACUUAUUAAUUAUUUCUCUAAAUACAUUUUUACAGGAAAUGAAGCAUCAUUUAGGUUUAGUUGGUAGCAGAUUGACACUCAAGUUCAGGUACAUAGAGAAAAGCCCCAGAUGCUAAAAUCUUUUCUAAAUCGAUUAAGGUUUUAAUGGUAUGCAUUCAUUAGGGAUUUUGUAGCCUAAGCAUUGCAAUGACCACAAUGAAAAAAAUCCAUUCUUUAAAAAAAAAAUACAGAAAAUAGUUGACUUUCGUAAGAGAAAUUCUGAACAUUUGUGACUGCAUUUUUAACAAAGAAUAAUUAUGUGAAAGCAUCAAUAUAUACUUGAUUAGAAAAAAAAAUUCUCUUUUAGCUUUGGUCUAGUGCAGGCGUCUCCAACCUUGGCAACUUUAAGACUUGUGGACUGAAACUCUCAGAGUUCCUCAGCCAGCAAAGCAAAGCUGGUUGAGGAACUCUGGGAGUUGAAGUCCACAAGUCUUAAAGUUGCCAAGGUUGGAGACCCCUGGUCUAUUGGUUAAGGCACCAGGCUUGAAAGCUAGAGAUUGUGAGUUCUACUCCUGCCUUAGCCAUGAAAGCCAGCUGGGUGACCUUGGGACCAUUCAUUUUCUCUCAGCCUAUCUCACCUCUUAGGGUGGUUGUGUGGAAAAUAGGAGGAGGAAGGUGUGUUGGAUAUGCUCACAACCUUGAGUUAUUUGUAAAAAAAAUAAAUGUGGGAUAUAAGUAGCAUAAAUAAAAAUAAAUAAAAUAAAAUAUUAAAUUCAUAACACGGGCUAAGAAAUCAUAAAGUACCUGAAAAUACGAGAAAGUACUUUCUAGUAUGAAUCACAAAAGCUACAUGCAGAACUCUGCAUGACUCAGUCAAAUUUUUUAUUGUGAGGUUUUUUUAUUGGCCAGUCAGUGGUGGCAUGAAUUAAGAUCUAUUUGACUUGCAUGUGCCAUCUUUGACAUGAACAAUGAGGCUGAAAAUUGCCGUACAAAAUGAAUAAAAUUGUGUUGCUGUUUCUUGAGAAAAGUGAGACAAUAAGCAGAUUAAGUCAUAUUAUCCUGAAGGGAAAAGAAAAAAAAACCCUAAAAUCUAAAUCCAUAAAUUAGAUUUUUGGGGGAAUAAGGCUUGCUUUAAAAUCAAACGAGGAAAGCAUUAUUUCUUUGAAUUUUAGCUUCAAAAUAAGUGCUAUGCUACAGUACUUUAUCAAAACUGUAAUAUUCUAAGAUACUUGAUAUAGCAACACAUUUAUCUUUCUUUAGAUAUAGGCAGGUAUGAGAAUGAUUGAACUGAUACUGGAAUUAAUUAUUUCCUUCAGUUUAACUAUUUUAUAUUAGAUUUGUUUAUGUAGACUUCUCUGAUUUUCUAUAUAUAUUUCAGUUUACAUGUCUGAUUUUAUUUUUUAUACUUAUAGUACAAUGAAAUGACACAUUAAAGUUUGCAUUUUAUAAAAU